GAGAGGGUAAGCAUGCUGGUGAUCCUGCUCAACUGCGUGACUCUGGGCAUGUUCCACCCCUGCGAGGACAUCGCCUGCGACUCACCGCGCUGCAGGAUCCUCCAGAGCUUCGACGAUUUCAUCUUUGCCUUCUUUGCCGUGGAAAUGAUCGUCAAGAUGAUUGCACUGGGGAUUUUUGGGAAGAAAUGCUACUUGGGAGACACGUGGAACCGCCUGGACUUCUUCAUCGUCAUCGCAGGGAUGCUGGAGUACUCACUGGACCUGCAGAACGUCAGCUUCUCAGCGGUCCGCACCGUCCGCGUCCUGCGGCCACUCAGGGCCAUUAACAGGGUCCCCAGUAUGCGCAUCCUGGUGACACUUCUUUUGGACACGCUGCCCAUGCUGGGGAAUGUCCUCCUCCUCUGCUUCUUCGUCUUCUUCAUCUUCGGCAUCGUGGGAGUCCAGCUGUGGGCAGGUUUGCUCAGGAACCGCUGCUUCCUCCCUGAGAACUUCAGCAUCCCCUACACGGUGGAUUUGGAGCGAUACUACCAGACAGAGAACGAAGACGAGAACCCCUUCAUCUGCUCCCAGCCCCGGGAGAACGGGAUGCGCUACUGCCGGAGUAUUCCAACGCGGAGGGAAGAAGGCCUUGAGUGCACCCUGGAUUAUUAUUCCUACAACGACACCACCAACACGUCCUGUGUCAACUGGAACCAGUAUUACACCAACUGCUCCGCCGGGGAGCACAACCCUUUCAAGGGAGCCAUCAACUUCGAUAACAUUGGCUACGCCUGGAUCGCGAUAUUUCAGGUCAUCACACUGGAAGGCUGGGUGGACAUCAUGUACUUUGUCAUGGACGCACACUCCUUCUACAACUUCAUCUACUUCAUCCUCCUGAUCAUUGUGGGCUCCUUCUUCAUGAUCAACCUCUGCCUGGUGGUGAUAGCAACGCAGUUCUCCGAGACGAAGCAGCGCGAGAGCCAGCUGAUGAAGGAGCAGCGCGUGCGCUACCUGUCCAACGCCAGCACCCUCGCCAGCUUUUCGGAGCCAGGCAGCUGCUAUGACGAACUCCUCAAGUACCUGGUUUACAUUGCCCGUAAAGGCAGCAAGCAGCUCGUGGAGGUCUACCGGGUGGCAGGCGUGAGGAUGGGCUUCCUCACCAGCCCCACGAGCAAGGCCGGGGCCGACCGGCAUGCCAGGAAGCGCCGGAGCAGGAAGAGGUCCUCUGUGCACCACCUCAUCCACCACCAUCACCACCACCACCACCACUAUCACCUGGGCAAUGGGAACCUGCGGGCGCCCCGCGCCAGCCCGGAGAUCAGCGAUGUGGAGACCAGCUCGCUCCACAACGGGACCAACCGGCUGAUGCUUCCCCCCUCGGCACCGAACCCCCAUGGGGCCCCCAGCGCCGCUCCCAGCAACACCGAGUCCGUCCACAGCAUCUACCACGCCGACUGCCACUUUGAGCCCGUGCGCUGCCAGUCAUCCCUCCCGCAGCCGGGCCUUGGCUUGCCGAGCCCGGAGGGGAUCCCCAAGAACAUCGUGGGCAGCAAGGUGUACCCCACGGUGCACCCCAGUACCUCCCACGAGAUGCUGAAAGAGAAGAGCGCCGGGGGGGCGGCGGUCGGUGCCGGGAGCAGCACCUUGACAAGCCUCAACAUCCCGCCUGGGCCGUACAGCACCAUGCACAAGCUGCUGGAGACGCAGAGCACGGGGUUCUUUUCAGUCCACGUCACGGAGAAAGGUGAUAGCUUUCCAGGUCCCUGCCAAAGCUCCUGCAAGAUCUCCAGCCCCUGCACCAAGCUGGACAGCGGCUCCUGCAACCCUGAGAGCUGCCCUUACUGCCUCAAGGCGCUGGCGAGCGAAGCCGAGCUGACGGACAACGAGACAGCCGACUCGGACAGCGAGGGGGUCUAUGAGUUCACACAGGAUGCCCACUACAGCGACCAGCGGGACCCGCGGCGGGGCAGAGUCCGGACCAGGAGAGUGAGACGGGUGCUGGCGUUCUGGCACGUGGUGUGCGAGACCUUCCGGAAGAUCGUGGACAGCAAAUAUUUUGGCCGUGGGAUCAUGGUGGCCAUUCUCAUCAACACGCUCAGCAUGGGGAUUGAGUACCACGAGCAGCCGGAGGAGCUUACCAACGCCCUGGAGAUCAGCAACAUAGUCUUCACAAGCCUCUUUGCCCUGGAGAUGCUGUUGAAAGUCCUCGUUUAUGGUCCUUUUGGCUAUAUUAAGAAUCCAUACAACAUCUUUGAUGGGAUCAUCGUGGUGAUUAGUGUGUGGGAGAUAGUGGGCCAGCAAGGUGGGGGGCUCUCAGUCCUGCGGACCUUUCGGCUCAUGCGAGUUUUGAAGCUGGUCCGCUUCAUGCCAGCCCUCCAGCGCCAGCUCGUGGUCCUCAUGAAGACCAUGGACAACGUGGCUACGUUCUGCAUGUUGCUGAUGCUCUUCAUCUUCAUCUUCAGCAUCCUGGGGAUGCACCUCUUUGGCUGUAAGUUUGCUUCGGAGCGAGACGGCGACACGCUGCCCGACAGGAAGAACUUUGACUCCUUGCUCUGGGCCAUCGUCACUGUUUUCCAGAUUUUGACCCAGGAAGACUGGAACAAGGUCCUCUACAAUGGCAUGGCAUCGACCUCCUCCUGGGCUGCUCUCUACUUCAUCGCUCUCAUGACGUUUGGGAAUUACGUUCUGUUUAACCUGCUGGUGGCCAUCCUGGUAGAGGGUUUCCAGACGGAGGAGAUCUCCAAGCGAGAAGACGCGAGUGGGCAGUUAAGCUGUAUUCAGCUGCCUGUCGACUCGUCGGGGGGUGAUGCUUCCAAGUCUGAUUCCGAGGGGGAUCUCUUCCCCCGCAGCCUGGAAGAGGAGGGAGGACUUAAGAAAAACUUGUCAAAUCCAGCCUUGAUGGCCCUGAGCGACCACCUGGAGCUGAAGAAGAGCCUGACCCCGCCGCUCAUCAUACACACCGCUGCCACGCCGAUGCCCAUGCCCAAGAGUGCUGUGUUCGGAGACACAGCGCAGGGCUACGAGUCCCGCCGGGCCAGCGGAGUUGCCAUGGACCCCGCCACCUACGAGCUCAAGUCCCCGCCCAGCGCCCGCAGCUCCCCGCACAGCCCCUGGAGCGCCAGCAGCAGCUGGAAUAGCCGCCGCCCCACCCGCCGCUCCAGCUGGAACAGCAUCGGCCGGGCCCCCAGCCUCAAGCGUCGUGGUCAGAGCGGCGAGCGCAGAUCCCUCCUCUCCGGAGAAGGGAAGGAGAGCUCAGAGGAAGGGGAGAGCUCGGACGAGGAGCGCUCCAGCCGGGCCGGCAGCUUCAACGGCUCUUUGCCUCAUCGCAUGGAGUCGCUGGAAACAAAAGGCUCCUUCGACCUCCAGGAUACCCUGCAGGUGCCUUCCCUGUACCGGACCAGCAGCAUGCACAGCAGCCGGACCUCUGCCUCCGAGCACCAGGACUGCAACGGGAAGACCUCUCCGGGUCUGCUGCUGCACCAGCUCCACCUGGAUGACCCCCAACAGGACUGCGAUGACUGCGAUGAUGAAGGCAACAUGAGCAAAAGGGACCGCAUGAAGGCUUGGGUACAGGCACGUCUCCCCACCUGCUGCAAAGAAAGAGACUCCUGGUCCAUCUACAUCUUCGCCCCUCACUCAAGAUUCCGUCUGAUGUGCAAUAAAAUCAUCACGCACAAGAUGUUUGAUCAUAUCGUCUUGGUGAUCAUUUUCCUGAACUGCAUUACCAUUGCCAUGGAGCGACCCAAAAUCGAGCCUCACAGUGCUGAACGGAUUUUCCUAACGUUCUCCAACUACAUCUUUACAGUUAUCUUCCUGACUGAGAUGACAGUUAAGGUGGUGGCACUAGGCUUGUGUUUUGGGGAGAAAGCCUACUUGAAAAGCAGCUGGAACGUGCUGGAUGGGGUGCUGGUUCUCAUCUCCAUCAUUGACAUCCUGGUCUCGAUGGUGUCAGACAGCGGCACGAAAAUCCUGGGGAUGCUACGCGUUUUGAGACUGCUGAGGACACUGCGGCCCUUAAGAGUCAUUAGUCGAGCCCAAGGACUGAAGCUGGUGGUGGAGACUCUCAUGUCAUCCCUGAAGCCCAUUGGGAACAUCGUGGUCAUCUGCUGUGCCUUUUUCAUAAUCUUUGGGAUCCUGGGAGUUCAGCUUUUCAAAGGCAAGUUUUUUGUCUGCCAGGGGGAGGACACCAGAAACAUCACAAAUAAAUCGGAUUGUACAGAAGCAAGCUACAAAUGGGUCCGGCACAAGUAUAAUUUUGAUAAUCUCGGCCAGGCUCUGAUGUCUCUCUUUGUUCUGGCCUCCAAGGACGGGUGGGUGGAUAUCAUGUACGAUGGGUUAGAUGCUGUGGGAGUUGACCAGCAGCCAGUCAUGAACUACAACCCGUGGAUGCUCCUCUACUUCAUCUCCUUCUUGCUGAUUGUGGCCUUCUUCGUCCUCAACAUGUUUGUGGGGGUGGUGGUGGAGAAUUUCCACAAGUGUCGGCAGCACCAGGAGGAGGAAGAAGCCAAGAGGCGGGAGGAGAAGAGGCUUCGCCGGCUGGAGAAAAAGAGAAGGAGUAAGGAGAAACAGAUGGCUGAUCUAAUGCUGGAUGAUGUAUUAAUGGAGAGCUCAGCCAGUGCAGUGCAAGAAGCACAGUGUAAGCCCUACUAUUCGGAUUACUCCCGCUUCCGCCUCCUGAUCCACCAGAUGUGCACCAGCCACUACCUGGAUUUGUUCAUCACUGGAGUGAUCGGCCUCAACGUGAUCACCAUGGCCAUGGAGCACUACCAGCAGCCAAAGGUUCUUGAUGAAGCCCUGAAGAUUUGCAAUUACAUCUUCACCGUUAUCUUUGUCCUGGAGUCUGUUUUCAAGCUUAUCGCCUUCGGGUUUCGUCGCUUCUUCCAAGACAGAUGGAACCAAUUAGAUCUGGCAAUCGUGCUGCUGUCUAUCAUGGGCAUCACUUUGGAAGAGAUCGAGGUGAAUGCUUCGCUACCAAUUAACCCCACCAUUAUCCGAAUCAUGAGGGUUCUCAGGAUUGCUCGAGUGUUGAAGUUGCUGAAGAUGGCUGUAGGGAUGAGAGCCCUGUUGGACACCGUGAUGCAAGCGCUGCCGCAGGUGGGGAAUCUGGGUCUUCUCUUCAUGUUGUUGUUUUUCAUAUUUGCAGCUCUUGGAGUGGAGCUGUUUGGAGACCUUGAGUGCGACGACACGCACCCCUGCGAGGGGCUGGGACGGCACGCCACCUUCAGAAACUUUGGGAUGGCCUUUCUGACGCUCUUCCGAGUAUCCACGGGAGACAACUGGAACGGGAUAAUGAAGGACACGCUGCGAGACUGUGACCAGGAGUCCACCUGUUACAACACCGUCAUUUCACCCAUCUACUUCGUCUCCUUCGUGCUGACGGCCCAGUUUGUCCUGGUGAACGUGGUGAUCGCCGUGCUCAUGAAGCACUUGGAGGAGAGCAACAAGGAGGCUAAGGAGGAGGCAGAGCUCGAAGCAGAACUGGAGAUGGAAAUGAAGACAAUCACCCCCGGCCAACACAGCCCCUCAGACAUCUUUGCAUGGACAGGCAGCGCCAGUGGAGAGAGACCCGAGAGCCCCCGAGGAUGUACCAAUCCCAUGCAAAUCAAGGUGGAUUCUCCGCUCUCAUUAGUUUACCCUAUGGAAAGGCACUUGUUUGAUACCAUAUCACUGCUGAUCCAGGAAUCUCUGGAAGGAGAGCUGAAGCUGAUGGACAACCUGUCAGGCUCUGUGUGCCAUCAUUAUGCCCUCCCAGCUCCCGAAUAUUACAACUCUGAGAACCAGAUCCCUCUAGCUGAGAUGGAGGCUCUGUCUCUGACGUCAGAUAUUCUCUCUGAAAAGUCCUGGUCCUUAGCUCUGACGGAUGACUCUUUUCCUGAUGAUACUAACACACACUUACUUAAUGCUCUGGAAAGCAAUGCGGAUCUCCGCUCCAAAGACGACACACUGACCCUGUCUCCCAGCAAGGACUUGCUGAGCGUGAGAAAGCCUUCGGUGGGGCGCACCCACUCUUUGCCAAAUGACAGCUACAUGUUCCAGCCGCCGUACUCCAGCCCCUGCCCUGCCUCCCUGGGCGAGAGGAAUCCGGCACAUCACAAGUCCCAGUCAGGUUCAAAGGCGUCGGUGCAGUCGCAGCCGGCGGACACGAGCUCUCUCCUGCAAAUUCCAAAAGACCAUUUUCACCACGUAAGAGCUCAUGACCAUUUGGUGAGGGACAGCAAACCCCAGGUUUCCCAGCAGGUGCACUCUCCUUCUGCUGAAAGGCUGCUCCGCAGACAGAUGGCUAUAAGGAACGACUCUUUGGAUAGCAAGGAGAAUCUCCACACCGAGGUGAGUGAACUCUCUGACCCAAAUGUCCCCGCUGUGCCCAAGGAGGAGACUUCAGUGGCUCUGACGCCCUCAGAAGCGCAAGAGUUGGCUGCAUGGAGCCGGGCAAGCGUUCAUACGCAGCAGCUUUCCCACAAUCAGUAUAAUAUUUCAAAGCAGGCACCAGCAUCGUGUGCUUGUGCAGACUCCUAUCAGGAGACACCUGGAGAUUCAGUGGACCAAGAAGUAUCUGAAAUAAACAGCUCCUCGGAGCCUUUCACUUCAGAAACUUGUACAGCCUCGAGUGCCUGUUCAGAGGUUCAGCCUCUCACUCCUAAGAGGAACAUAGGCAAUACUGGCAAUGUUACAUUGAAGGACCUGAAGAAAUACCACAGUGUAGACACCCAGGGUCUUCUAAAAAAACCGCCCUCUUGGUUAGAUGAUCAAAGGAGACAUUCAAUAGAAAUUUGUUCAAUGGAAAACAGUCCUCAGCACCAUUCCACAUCUAGCUCUUCUGGCUUCAUAAGUCAGGUGGUAAGUGAAAUGGAAGGCUUGCAAGGAACACGGCAGAAGAAAAAACUGAGCCCUCCAUGUAUAUCUAUAGAUCCACCUGAUGGACAGAGUUUACUACCUAGAGGACCUCACAGCAUCUCACCUGCCAGUGGAGACAUUUGCUUGCGACGGCGUGCUCCAUCUUGUGAGUCCAAGGAUUCGAUGGAUAUAGGGGAUUCGUUGCUUCCAGACAGUAUGUCAACAUCUCCUACCCCAAAGAAAGACUUGUUGACACUUCCUAGCUUUUCCUUUGAUCAAACGGAAAUGGACCCCUGA